AUGGCUAUACUCCAGUCCUUGAAUUUGUUGGAUAAGCAAUUUGCGAUAUGGCGUGUUCCAGCGCCAUGGUUACCACGAACCAAGAAAGCACAAGGCACGAAACUGGGUGGAGGCAAGGGCAACAUUAGUCAUUAUGUGACUCCGGUUCGUGCGAAUCGUAUCAUUCUUGAAGUUGGCGGUUUCAUCACCGAAUAUGAGGUUUGUUCCGUGAUUGCUUGUUGA